AUCGAAACUCUCCUUGAGCAAGGUUUCAAACCUACAAGAACCGUCAUCUUGGCUUAUGGCAUCGACGAGGAGCGCGGCGGGCCUACUGGCGCUGCCGCAAUUGGAGAAUAUCUUGUAAAGACCUAUGGAGAAGAUUCCAUCUCAAUGAUUGUCGAUGAAGGAGGAGGAUACUCUGACGAGAGCGGCACUAUCUUUGCUACUCCUGCGGUUGCUGAGAAAGGGUACUUGGACGUUCGCGUGGACGUUCUCACACCUGGAGGACACUCGAGCAGACCUCCCAAACAUACUGGCAUUGGUAUCCUCGCCAGCGUUGUCACCGAGCUGGAGGCGAACCCACACGUCCCGAAGCUUGCACGCGACCGAACCUACUAUCAGGGUUUACAGUGCAGGGCAAAGUAUGAUGUUGGGUUCCCCUCUGAUAUGCGCAAACUUGUUAUCGAAUCGCAGACCAGCGACGAGAAGUUGCAUGAGCUGGAGACAAAGCUUGAUGAUUUCGACCCAGCAUACUCUGCUUCAGCAGGUACAACUCAGGCCAUCGACAUUAUCUAUGGUGGCGUUAAAAUCAACGCACUGCCAGAAGCUGUUUACGCCAUUGCAAACCACAGAAUCGCAGACCACAGCUCUGUUUCUGAACUUCAAGACCGAUUUGCAAGCAUCGUCGCACCUGUUGCGGCCAAGCACAACAUGUCUCUUAAUGCGUUUGGGAAGCCAAUCGGCCUUGAGGCACCUACGUGGGGUCUUGUGAAGGUUUCAGAUGCAUUCGGUUCAGCAUUAGAACCCGCACCUGUUACCCCAACUACCGGAAGCGGGCCAUACAAACUGCUCUCGGGCACCGUCUUGUCCACGCUGCAGACCAACCUCCGUACAGACGACUUCCCUGAUGUUUCUGUCGUGUCACCUGGCCUUUCCUUAGGAAACACGGACACAAGGCAUUACUGGAGCCUUACCAAACACAUUUUCCGAUAUGGCCACCGUGGUGCCGCUGAUGGCUAUAAUGGUGCGCAUACCAUAAAUGAAGCUAUCAGAGCAGAGGGCUUCUUGGAACAAAUUCGGUUUUUUACGAGGUUGAUCCUAAACGUUGACGAAACUGACCUCCUGGAGUGAAUCUAAGUGCGGUGAUCUAGGAAGAUGGAAAGGGUAGGAUCUAGAAAUAGCCCCUAUGUCGCUUGCAAUUGUCAUUCCCCGCGGUCGUCGUGUGUGAUCAAGGGCUUCUAAGGGUAAUUUUAGUAUGUAACUAUCAGUAAGAUGGCAGUCAUGUAUCGGUUUUAAGCUCAUGGAAUAAACAAAUAAA